AUGCGCGUCGAGAAGUUCCCUCUCUCACCACCAAGCCUAGAGGAGCUGGUCAAGCAACUCGAAGCCCCCCUCACCGCCAACUACGAGCACGCUUCAGUCAGCGUUGUCCAAUGCCCUGAUUUGCGAAAUGCUCCCUUCCACUUGGCCACCGAAGGCUUGUCGGGUGAUGAGAAGAUUGCAGACGUUGGCGGGCAGCCCAAUCUUUUCCCCCGCCCUCGUCUUGAUAGCAUCUGGUCCAUACCCGAGAUCGGCAGGCACAUGGAGAUGAGCUCCGAAAAAGGCAGUUUAAUCGGCGCCAGCGCGGGUCCAUUCCACGUCAUCGGGCAGAAUAGCGAGCUUGCGCCAAAUCUGAGUUGGCGAGGCGGCUUUGAGCAUAUCAGCAACCGGAGCCAGGUCAUACAGAUCAAGCGCGAUACCGGAGCCGUCAGUGUCGGGACAAGCCCCUCGGUGGAUUGUGGACUAAUGGCUAACCUGUACGGAUCGCUUGGUGAGCCUGGCCCGGUGCUUAAGAUUACGGCGAAAGGACGAAAGGGACCAGAGAAGAGCUUCACUGAGUGCAUCCGAAAAGGCCUUAGUGCAGCGUAUGGCAAUGACAGGACCAUCAGUCUUGGCGGGGCUUUCAUGGUGAAAGCCGGAAAGGCAAUCUACCACAUCAUGCCCGAUUUUCCUCCAGAAAAAGACCUCCCUUUCAAAGAUCGGGGCGAGGUUGAAGAAUGGUUGACCUUCCACGGCUUUGAAUCGCCCAUUGUGGGCUUGUGUGUGUUGCAUUCUGCGGAUCCAGGUAGUAAGAUGAACUUGCGGAUAGAGCACACGCAUGCGUUUUCUCCGGUAGGAAAGAAUGCUGGAGGUCAUUAUCAUUAUGAAGCCGAGGGCGAGGGAGAGGUCGUUGAGUACGAAGGCUACUUUAACACUGCAAAGGUGAUAUAUCGAGUGGACAGACCAUCGGUCAUUGCGGUAGGAAAUUAG